UACAAUCGUUAUGAGUUGUGUAUGUUUGUUACACAUUCUCUGCUUUCAUGUGAAAAUGGGAUACUGCUAAUAAUACAAAGCGACAAAAGGAAUCUGAUUAUCGCAACCAGUCGCGCCCGCAAAGACGAUCGUUUGGGUAUUCAAAGCCCAAGAAGACCACAUCAACGCCAGGGUGUGCAGGCCAUGGUAAUCGAUUAUACACUGAGCUGAUAUGGCGCCGUGCUGUAGCCAUGGACUUGCGUGCCAGAUGACCACUAGCUUGCUACAUGACAGUAGAUACUGAUAUUCCGUAGGUGUCCUCAUUUUGCAGCAUUUGUUCUCUCAGACAUUUGAGGAAAGGAGUACGGCUGUCUGUUUAGGUUCCGAUCUGUGUGUGUACUACUGGCACUAACGUUCUGUGCCGAGGCUGGACUUCCGAGGCAUGAGCUGACAUUGUGGAGGACAACAACAAGUUUCAGCAUAUGAAGAUAUAAUUCUACAACAUGGAUGAAAACCUAACCAGAGGAUAUUGUCAGCUCAGGUCGCCAAAGCUGAAAAAGCGGCCAGUGACAUCACGUGAUGGCUUGACCCCACCACAUGACCCCUGCAGCUGCAUCUAUCUGGGGCUGGUUCUUGCUGGAGCGGGCUUCCUCCUCCCCUACAACAGUUUCAUCACAGCAGUCGACUACUAUCAGAGUCGGUUUCCAGGAACUACGAUCAUCUUUGACAUGAGCCUAACCUACAUCAUCGUUGCUUUUAUAAGUGUGUGCAUCAAUAAUGCUCUUGUGGAGGCUCUGAGUUUGCCUGUGAGGAUCACGUUUGGAUAUCUACUGUCAUUCGUCAUGCUCCUCAUUAUCGCAUUGUGUGAUGUGUGGUUCCAAGUGUUCACACACGACAUGGCCUACACGGUCACUCUCGGCGCUGUAGCCAUUGUUGCAAUAGGCUCCACAGUUCAGCAGUCGAGUUUCUACGGCUUCACUAGUAUGCUGCCUCGACGUUACACACAGGCUGUGAUGACAGGUGAAAGUGCUGCUGGGCUCCUCAUCUCCAUCAACAGGAUCCUGACGAAAGCGCUACUGAAGGACGAGAAGGUGAACACCAUGAUAUUCUUCUGCGUGUCCAUAUCACUGGUAUGGCUGUGUUUCAUCGUGUUCCACGUCACUCGACGCACGGAAUUUGUUCGCUUCUACGUCAGCCUGUGUGAAAGUGCUGGCCUGGCGGAGGACCAGAGGGGGAUCACUAAGGGCAACACGUACACAGAAGAAGUAGGCCUGGUGGACUUCCAGGAACCAAGCACAGGCCAGCACUACGGCGUGUUAGUCAUUCAGAGUCCGACCUCCCCGACAGACCCCUCCAGGCAGUUUGAAGCCAAAUCCGUACAUCCCGUCACCGGACAAGCCACCGUCAACGAUAUCACACGAGCCAAUGAAGCAGAAGUCACAUUCCAAGGCCAACACUAUAAGAUGCACAUACCAAAAGUAUCAGCAUUUAAAAAGGGUCUGGAGAUGCGGUACGAGGUGUCGAGAACAGUCUGGCCAUAUAUGGUAUCAAUAGGCUUAGCCUACUUUGUGACGUUGUGCUUAUUUCCCGGGAUUGAGUCCGAAGUAAUUAGCUGUCACAUUGGAACGUGGAUGCCAAUACUCCUGAUGGCUGUGUUCAAUUUGUUUGACUUUAUUGGAAAGGUGGUGGCGUCUGUCAACUACGACUGGCCCCCGUGUCGGCUGGCGGUGCUCACCCUGUGUCGUGUGGUGCUGGUGCCACUGCUCAUGCUGUGUGCCACGCCACGUCUCUCUCCAACACUAAAGGGAGAUGGCUGGCCCAUCAUUCUCUCCAUCAUCCUCGGCAUCACCAACGGUUACUUUGGCAGUGUACCGAUGAUCCUAGCGCCAUCGAAAGGAGGCACACACAGACACACAAUCGCUGUUCAUGUUGCAGGCAAUAUCAUGACUCUGUCCUACAGUCUGGGGCUGACAACGGGUUCUGGAGCAGCGUAUCUCCUGGACGUGUGGCUGGGACCUCACCAAACCACAGAUCCAUGUGCAAUCAGCAACACUACGCAGUUUCAUCCCUAUAACGCCACCUUCACCUGACAUAUUCCGCUUAUACAUACACCCAAUACCCACAUAUCCCGCUAAUACAUACACCCAAUACCCACAUACCCCGCUAAUACAUAUACCCAAUACCCACAUACCCACAUAUCCCGCUAAUACAUACACCCAAUACCCACAUAUCCCGCUAAUACAUACACCCAAUACCCACAUAUCCCGCUAAUCCAUACACCCAAUACCCACAUACCCACAUAUCCCGCUAAUACAUACACCCAAUACCCACAUACCCACAUAUCCCGCUAAUACAUACACCCAAUACCCACAUACCCACCAACACACACGCCAAAAUACCCAGCCGCUCGUUAACAUGCUCAAGAACACACCCACCUAUGUCCCAUCCCAUACUCCACUUAGCUUCAUCCUAUGUCCUACCUGACGCUAUAAACAACCUUCAGUUAUGAUUUUAGCGUGACUACAAAGAAUUUACAGAUGUGGCAGAUCUAUUCCACUGUCCUGUGGAAUACCACACUACCUUCCAUUUUAGUACUUGACAGACGCUGAAAUGGCACACAUACAUAGACACGCGACAGAGCUUGACAUUCGUGAGAGUGUCAGGGCUUAUCCACCCCAUGUUUCAACAUGAGACUACUCGGUAAUAUCUACACAAUGUAUGUGACAAAUGACAGGGUGUUUAUGAUCUGACGCCGCUUUCAACAAUGUUGAAGAAAUAACGCGGCAGUUGACAUGACAUUUGUUUAUUUGUUGUUUAACGCCACACUCAGCAAUGUCCUUGGUAGGUGACGGCAGCCUGUACAUAUUCUGUACGAUUCUAGACCAGACAAUCAAGUGAUCGAUAUUUCAACGAUCCCUCUCAGCAGGGUACGAAGCCACGCUAUCAAUUCAGUUCCCGAGUCCCAUAGCCUGACCUCAUAAUCUCUUUUGUCGCCUCGUGCCAACAGCAUAGUUAGCUGCUUAGCUAACCCGAAAUCAGCACGGAAGGGCAUAACGAACAGGUAUCAUAACAUAUAGUUCCUUUGCGACGAAUCAAUCAAAACAACAUAUUCUUUGUGACACGAGAACAUGUUAAUGCCACCUCAUAAGCCCGCUCUUCAACAAUGGUAAAAGUACCGCCUGUAUCAGCAUCCAGCAACAUACUGGGAAUAAUAAACGGAAAGGUAGCCUAUAUAUUGAUAUAUUGAAAUGUAUUUUACAUGUUUAACUAUUACAUACAGUAAGUUUGGAAUAAACAAUACAACACGUA